AUGAGCGCCUCCGUUCCAUCAUCCUCCACAACCAGACGAAGACGGCGACGAAGAAGAAAUGAGUUCCGUUUUCAGCUAAUUCGGUGUUCCGAUCCAAAUCGAUCCGUCAGUCGCAUCCUAGACUUGAAGAACCAACGAAUUACCAAUGCCUCCUUGUUUCAACUCCAGGAUGUUCUUGACGGUACUGUUCUCACGGCUCUGUUGGACGUCUUUCAGCAUUUUGUCAACGAAGGAAUCAAGUGGCAGAGUCUGGAAAUUCAGGAAACCGAGAAAAUUAUGUUCGAUGUUUCUCCCUUGCACGAGCUUCUUCGUCUGGCAAACGAAUCAAGCCUCUUUCAAAGCAUCCAUUUGGCUCUUCGGAGCCGAUACAAUUCGAGCUUGCAACCGGAUGCAAAUGAUGGGGCAUUUCUGCAAUCGAUCGAGCAAAACAGCCGACUUGCCCAGCUCAGUAUUGAUCUGGACGGAAGACAAUCGGCUGAGGACGUUCAAUCUUUGAUUACACUUUUGACCGUUUCCAAGACUUUGAAGCGUCUCACGCUAAAGUGGCAUGGGCUCCAGGUGGGUGCCUUUUCGGAAGGGUUCGCCCACAACUCGGACUUGACUUCACUCUGUCUAAGUUGCCCUGCUGAGAGCUUUGUACCGAGUUCUUCGAUUCACGACAUGAUGACAGAACUCUCCCUGUAUCCAACGAUGAGAUUAGAAAAACUGAACUUGUCUAGCAAAGGCGACGACGAGCUGUCAUCGGCACUGGAAUUGCUAUUGCUAUCGCAGCAGGGACUCAAGAUGCUUACUGUCUCUUGCGGUGGAUCAUCGGCUCUAGGUGGCUUUUCCAUGGCCGGUCUCGCUCCAGCUCGGUUAUCCAGUAAUCCGUUUGAUUCCUUUUUCCGACGCCUUGCCGAUCUCACUCCGGCGCGCAUGGCUGCCAUGUCAGCGGCACAACACCAGCACACCGUCGCCGCUCAUGUACCGGUAGUGCAAGAUCAUAAUGCGGAACAACAACAAGAACAAUCCCUGGACGAACAAUUGGACGCCCACUUGAUCGAAAAUGGUCCACUCAUCACGAUUGGAACGAACAUGUACAAGGCUUCGAGAGACCAAAUAUCCUAUGUCAAAAAGGCACUCAUCAAUUAUCCCAAGCUACGAUUGACCCGUCAAUUUCCAUCCUCAAUGGAAUAUGACAAUGUCUUGAAUCACUGUGGUAGGUACCUGAUGAAUGAUUCGAAUGUGCCCUUGGGGCUUUGGCCCAUUGCGCUAGAGAGAGCUGCUUGCUUGGAGAAUCACAAGCAUCUGCGAUCUACUGUGAUUUAUGAGCUACUUCAUGGGGGAGUAUUUGCUGGACGGGAGACCUAUGCUUCGCUCUAA